GUUGACAGUCGCUCGAAAGUCAACUGAAUACUUGAUGGUAAAAGUGAUGAAGAAGCCCUUAUUGUGAUUUUUGAGUGGUGAGAAAUUGACCUGUGUGCAAUGGUUAUCGCCGAUGCUGAGAGUCCUGGUCCAAUGAAAAAGAGGCCGCGAUUGUCCCUUAAGGUCCACAAGAACAGUGAUAACAAAGAUGAUGUCAAAAUUGAGAAACUGGAGACAGCAUCCACAGAGGAUGGAGAAGAGUGCCACGAAACUGAUAAGGAAAUAAGUUUGGAUGAUUCUGUUAUGGUGUGCAAUUCCAAAUCUGUGGUACCUGCAGCAGCAUCUUUAGAGAAUUUGGGUAAUACCUGUUUCUUGAACAGUGUACUGCAAGUGUUAAGGUACACACCAGGUUUUCUGCCUGGGUUAGAAUUGCUGUAUCAAGAAAUUGUGCAGGUUGAAAAAAUCAGAAAACAAGAUGUACUAAACAAAGAGGAUUCCAGUGUGUUUGACCCUUUAGAAGCCAAUAAGAGCAUACAUCUUGUGAAAGAUUUAUAUAGGCUGUAUAAAAAUAUGGAGCGGCGAGAGGAGAGCCAUGAAGAGAUGGCAACCUCAGAUGUUAUGUCCAUGGCAGUCAAACCCCAGAAACUGCUCAACAUCAUCAGAGAGCUGAAUCCAAUGUUUGAGGGAUGCCUGCAGCAUGAUGCUCAGGAACUCCUCAGAUGUAUAUUGUCCUACCUCCAAGACUCUGAGAAAGACCUCUUCAGCAUUAAGAAAAAUGUCUGUGAAAAGUUGCCAAAAAAGAAUAAUGAGACACCUAAAAAUUCCAUCAUGGAUCACUUCCUGUCAAGGUGUACUCGGGUAAAACCAGAGAAUGGCCCUAAAAAUGUAUUUCACCAGCCAGAUAUUUUGGAUCAGAUUGAACAGAGUGAGGCAGCCAAAACCAGUGUUACCCAGACCACCACACCAGUAGAAGCAGAUACUGCUUGUCAGGUGCAGAAAGAGGUGUUAAAAACAGAGAGUGUGAUAAUAUCUAAGCUCAAGACAGUUACACCCAGAAGGAGAAAGGCAAAUACUGAACAGGAAUCACAUAAAAAAGCCGAAAACAACAAGAAAGUCCAGAGACAAAAUACACCCAGGGCAAAGAAAGCCCUGGAUGAAUUAGAUGGUGAUGCAGCGUCUGCAUUUGAAAGCAAUGGAAGGAGGAGUGAGAAAUUUCAGGUCAAUGGUGUAGAUGCAGUUGAAGAAGAUAUGGACAUUGACUGUAACAUAAAAAAUGUUAAAUCUGAUAAUGGGAAGGUGAAUGGUGAGGAAGAUAAAAAUGAAAAGAAGGGGAAACAGCAGACAAUUCUUGGAAUGUUCCAAAAUCAAAGGACAGGUAAAAGACUGGGGAUGAGUCGUUCUGUAUUGAGAAAUACCACGACAAAGUCUGGCACACCUCGUCAAGGUGGUGGACUCCCCCUAAAUGGUGAAAAUCGGGAUAAAUCCAAUCAAGAUAAAGAGGACGAUGUGGUGAAAUGUAGGUCAGCCCCAAAUGUUGGAAAUUCUGUUUGUGGGUCUCCAACCAAGAGCCACUCAUCUCCCGUGGUAAAAUUGGAAAAAUGUGACAAAGUCUGUAACAGCCCACUGAAGUCAGUAAGUGCCGAAUUGGCCACCCAGAAAUUAUCACCAGGUAAAUCUACCUCGUCACCAUCAAAGGCGAAUCCCAAACUGGCUAAACAGAAACUUGAUUUUGUGGUCAUACCUAAAAAUAGAGCAAGUGCUAAUGUGAACUUGAAAGCAACCAAAACAAACUUCAUAGAAAAUUUGUUUAUGGGAAAAAUGAUGUUGCGUACAAAAUGUUGUGAAUGUGAAAAUUGCAGGGAGCGGAUCGAGGAUUUUCAUGACAUAAGCGUACCAGUUCGUAGUGAGAAAGUGGAAGAAAGUGAUGAUGAGGAAGAGAAAGAAGAAGACAGUGACUCCUGCUUGAGAAAGCUGAUGUUUGCAUUCACAGAAGUGGAACGACUGCAGGCAGACAACAAGUAUUUCUGUGACACCUGUUUGACUCAUGUUGAGGCUGAACGAUCCCUCCAUUACCAGGGACUACCCAACAUUCUGACUUUACACCUCAAACGAUUCUCUACAAGCUCAGGAAUGUUUGGCUAUGUUUCCAAGAUAAAUGACCAUGUGUCAAUACCUUUGUCCCUCCCUUGUCUGAGGUACAAGUGUCCCAGUCCCUGUAGUAGGCCUGACCAUAGGUAUUUGUUAUAUGCAAUUAUCACUCAUGCAGGAGUGACCUUGACCUCAGGACACUACCUUUCCUAUGUCCAUGUGCCAAAAACUAACAGUUCAACAUGUCACUUUCUGACUACCACCGGUCAACAUUACCCCGGGCAGUGGCUUGAGUGUGAUGACGAGACAGUUCGAGUCCACGACGAGGAAAAAUUCAGUCACAUGUUACGUGGGGAGGAUGGAUCUUUGAUGGGAACACCAUAUGUCUUGUUCUACUACCGCAAUACACCAGUCUCUUCUUGGUCUCAAACAUAAUGACUUAAGUUUAUUGUUAGAACUAAUGAACAUCUUUUUAAUUUAAUUGAUUGACAAGGAUUUACCAGAGUUUUAUGAAUUCUGAUUUUUUCAGGUUGUUUAACAACAAUAAAAAUAUAAACACAUAGAA